AUGCAGCAGCAGCUGCUUCUGCUGCUGCGGCAGCAGCGGCUGCUGCUGCUUCUGCUGCUGCUGCCGAUGCUGCUGCUCGCUGACGGGCUUCGAGCCCCGCAGCGCUGCACAUUGAGGAGCUGCUGUGGCAGCAGCACGAACACUCUCGGCAGCAGCAGUAGCACCUUCUGCAGCACCCGCAGCCUCAGCAGCAGCAGCAGCAGCAGCAGCAGCAGCAGCAGCAAGCAGAGGGGCAGCUACGCCUUCAUCAGUGGUCGUAUCGACAGGGCAGCGCCGCUACCGCAUUUUGGCGCUAGCCGAGCAGCAGCAGCAGCAGCAGCAGCAGGUGCUGCUGCUGCUGCUGAAUACACGCCUCGUAAGGCUGUCGCUUCCGGCCCAGUUCGCCGCAGCCCCAGCAGCAGCAGCAGCAGCAAGUUAGCUGCAGCGGGAGAUGACGAGGAGGGGUGGAUUGCGCUGGAGCUGCGGCAGCAGCAGCAGCGCCACCAGCAACAGCAAGAGGAGCUGCAGCAGCAGCAGCAGCAGCUAGCGCAGCAGCAACUAGGGGAAUGGCUCAGCAGCAAAAACCCCACAUUCGACAGCUUGGAAGCUAUAAUCACUGGCAGCAACCAGCAGCAGCAGCAGGGACUGCCGCCAAAGCAGCAGGAGCUGCUGCAGCAGCAGCUUGCGCAGCAGCGCCUGCUGCACGAGGAGCUAAAGCAGCAGCUGCAGCGGCGACAGCAGCAGCAGCAGCAGCAGCAGCACGCACUUCUGCAGCAGCACGUAGCCCCUGCGCAGCCCGCGGGGCCGCAGCCCCACCCGCUCCCCAACCAACAGCAGCAGCAGCAGCAGCAGCAGCAGCAUUUGUUUGAUUUAAGGAAUUUUGAUGCAAAGAAAGGACCCCCGCAAGGCACAAGAGCUGUUCUUUUGGAUUCUCUUAGCGCCAGUGUGCUGCAGAUGCCGCGGGAGCCGCCGCUGCUGCCGCAGCAGCAGCAGCAGCUGCUGCAGCAGCUGCAGCAGGGCCCUGCUGCAGCCCCCGCAGCAGCAGCAGCAGCAGCAGCAGCAACAGAAGAGGAGAUCAAAGUGCCUACUGAGGGAUAUAUCAACGGAGUGUACAUGACGGAGCAGCAGCUCGACCUCGCGCUGCAGCAAAAGGCCAAAGAACAGCAGCAGCAGCAGCAGCAGCAGCAGCAGCUGUUGCUGCAACUGCUGCACCAGAACGCAAAGCAGCAAAUGGAAAAGGCAGCGCACGUGAAAAUCGAGGACGUUGACAGCUUGUCGCCUGAAGACCUAAACGAGUGUUUGGUCUACAGGGGCCUCCGCUGCGAGGGCAGCCUAGAAGUGCAGCGGAACCGGCUGAAGGACUCUUUAAGGAAUGGUUUGGGGCCCCAAGAACCAGAGCCAGAAGCAGCUCAGCGCUUCGCUGCUGCUGUAAACGAGAUCGAGAGGCCCCUGACGCAUGCAGGAGAUGCAGCAGCAGUUUUCCGCAGGUGGCUGGCGAGGGCCGAAGUUGCUGCUGCUGUUGCUGACCCCGGCGGGACCUUCAAGUUUGACCAGCAGUCUCCCAAUCAUGAUUUGUCUCCAGAGGAAUUGGCAGAAAUAGAAAGAGAAAAGAAUGAAGAACGAAUAACUCAACGCCCUCCUGCUGCUGCUGCUGCUGCUGCUGCUGCUGCUGCUGCUUCUGGUGGAGAAGCUGCAGCGGCAGCUAGCCAGAAGCAAGUGCACGCCGGAGCAGCAGCAACAGUAACAGGAACGGCAGCAGUCGCUGCAGCAAGUGCAUCAGCAGCAGCAGCAGAAGUAGACUCAGCAGCAGCAGACGACGACGCUGCAGCAGCAGCAGCAGACGCAGCAGCAGACGCAGCAGCAGACGCAGCAGCAGAAGCAAACGAAGAUUUCAAUGCCUUUUUAAGAGACAAGUUAGGGGGAGUCUUUUGGACUGCUGAUGAGCUGCAGCAGCUGCAGCAAAUGCAUGCAGAGGGGAGGCAGCAGGAAAUGCUGCAGCAGAGGGAUCAAAGGGAGCUUGAGCUGCUGUUCUCUAGUAAAGAGGACCUUUUGGGGGAGUCGAUUCCCAAAGUUUUGGACAUAAGAGUUGAUGGUGAAGUUCCUCUAGAAGAGCCCGUUGACUUGUCUGAUGAAGAGAAAAAGGCGAAGUUUCUGAAGGCACAGCAAAAUGGCGUGCUGACGGAGACGAUCGAGUCCUUGGCGGCGCGGUUUGAAGUCCCCAGGGACUUCAUUGGAGACGCCCUCUGCAGGUACCCUGAUGAGACAGUGCAGGAGAUCGCGACGCAAUUUGGCUUCAGCAUGGGACAGACAGAAAACAUUUGUCAAGAACUUGGAUUCCAGCUGCCCUUUGGGGGAGAGACGCGCCUUAACAAAGAAUGCUACGCGGCGCUAACCCAGAGGCUAGGAAAGCUGCGGGCGCAGCAGCAGCAGCUGCUGCUGCUGCAGCAGCAGCAACAGCCAGAGGAGUAG